AUGUUAGAAUAUAUUCUUAAUGAUCAUAUAUUCGUCAGUUAUAUUUGUCCAUAUUUAUGGUUUAUUGGUGCAGCAGUUGUAUUAUUCUUGGAAGUAAUUCUUGAUAUCAAAGCACCAUAUGGACGUUAUAAUACAACAAAUAGCGGAAUUCCUGUUCGAUUAGCUUGGUUUAUUCAAGAACUUCCAUCAUUUGUAAUACCAUGUUAUAUUCUAUAUAAUAAUUGGUCAUCGAUUUCAAUAACAAAAUUAAUAAUAAUUAGUUUUUUUCUAAUACAUUAUUUUCAAAGAGUCUUCAUUUAUCCUAUGUUAAUUCGUGGUGGAAAACAUAGUUCAUAUUUAACAACAAUAUUAGCAUUUAUAUUCUGUUCUUUAAAUGCUUAUUCAAUCGCAGAAGAAUUAAUUGUUUAUCAUAAUUAUCCAAAUAAUUAUUUAUUUUCAUUACGUUUUCUAAUUGGUACAAUUCUAUUCUUUACCGGGUUUAUUCUUAAUCUUCAAUCGGAUGCUAUAUUAAGAAAUCUACGUAAAGAUAAUAGUCAACGUGAUUAUCAAAUUCCAAGAGGUGGUUUAUUUGAAUAUGUUUCCGGUGCAAAUUUUCUAGCUGAAUCUAUUGAAUGGACUGGUUAUGCUAUUUGUGCAGGGACAUUACCAGCAAUUGCAUUUUCAGUAUUUACAUGGGCUAAUACAGCUUUUGGUCGCGGAAUUCAUCAUCAUAAAUUCUAUCUUGAAAAAUUCAGAGAUGAAUAUCCAAAGAAUCGCAAAGCAAUUAUUCCAUUUAUUUUAUAA